AUGCCUCGCGGUUCUCUUGAGGCCAAAUAUGAGAUGUUGAGCGAAUGCCGAGCUUACUAUCGAAAUGAUGUUGUUCAAUUAGUUCAAAUUGAUGAAUUUGAACGUAAAUAUCAAUCUAAAGAUGCUAUUCGUUGGUAUACAAAACCUGGAUUCUUAUUUUAUCUUGUUAAUAAAGCUUUACGCAGUCAAGAUAUUUGGGCUCUAUAUAAAUUUCGUUAUUUCAUUGUUGAUUUAUGCUGUCGUUUGGAAGAAGUUUCCUAUUCACAGUCUUUUUCAUCGGUUCGUCUUUAUCGCGGAGCAAAACUUAAUCGAGAAGAACUCGAACAACUGCAAGUUAGUUCUCUUAUAUCAAAUAACGGAUUUUUUUCAUGUUCAUUUGAUCGUGAUGUAGCAGAAAUGUUUAUUGGUAUUGAUCUCAUGACUGAUAGAUCAACAUCUAUGAAUACAGUUGUAGCAAAUGUCAGUCAUGAAAGUGAAUUAUCAGAUGGAAACGAAAUGAUUUUUAACUUUGGAUCAGCAUUCAUUGUCAAUGAAAUUAGUUUCGAUAACGAUAAAUGCAUAUGGUUGAUUCAAAUGAGUUCAUCUUUGGGCAAUAUUCGAAUGAUUGAUGAAUACGAGAAAUAUAUUCUUAAACGUCUCGAAUACACCAAUCCGACUAUGUUGUUCGGUCAUGCUUUAGCUAAUAUCAGCAGUGAUUAUGCUCAAUCAAUGAUUCAUUUCUAUCGUUUACUAAGAAUAUUACCCAUCGAUGAUGUAGAACUACCUAAUAUAUAUUAUAAUUUAGGACGUAUUUAUCAAUUUAUUGAGAAAUUUGAGAAAUCUCUUGAAUGUUUUCGAUGCGCUCGAUUAUUCAUUCGUCGUCUGUUACCGGAGAGAAUGUUUGAUUAUUGUCGUAUUCUAGGCGGAAUGGGUACAGUGUACUCAUACUUGGAAGAUUCAGAACGAGCAUUGGAAUUACUCAGACAAACCUUAGUACUUCAUAAGAAGUCAUUUCCAGAAAAUCAUACGGAAAUUCCGUUCCAUUUGAAUUGUCUGGGUUAUGCUUAUUUCCAAGCCAAACAAUAUAACCAAGCACUUUCAAUUCUCAAUAGUGCUGAGAAUUUUUUCCAGUCAAAAAUGCCUACAGAUCAUCAAGGAUAUGCACAAACUUUGCAUUCAAUGGAUGUAGUUUAUCGUGCUCUUGGUAAUGAUAAAAAAGCAUUCAUUUGCUUUCAAGAAGCACUACGUAAACGGCAUUCAUUACUUGCUAAAGAUCAUCCUUAUCUUGCAUCUACUUAUUAUCAACUUAGUCUCAUAUAUAAAGAUCACGCUGAAUAUGAAAUUGCAUUUGAUUAUGUUAAAAAAUCUCUAAAUAUUCAAUUGAUCAAAUUGCCACAGUCUCAUUCCGAACUAAAACUAUCAAAAGAACUUCUUCGACGUCUUCAGCAAUACCAGUAA